GAGGAAGCGGCGCUCAUGGGGAUGCAAGGAUGUAGAGGAGCAAAGGGGGAGAAGAGGCCGCGUGAGGAGAGGUGGUGUGAGACCCGCGGAGGUGCCGGCCAAGGAAGGGCGCAUGGAGAAGCGGGCGGCGCGACCCGCCGGGUGCUGGCCAUUCAGGCCCGAAAGCGGAGGCCGAAAAGAGAGAAACAUCCGAAAAAAAAUCAAGCAGAAGAUUGAGCUGCUGAUGUCAGUUAACUCUGAGAAGUCGUCCUCUUCAGAAAGGCCGGAGCCUCAGCAGAAAGCUCCCUUGGUUCCUCCACCCCCGCCCCCUCCACCACCGCCGCCUCUGGCAGACCCUGCGCCCCCGGAGCCAGAGGAGGAGAUCCUGGGGUCAGACGAUGAGGAGCAGGAGGACCCCGCAGACUACUGCAAAGGUGGCUAUCAUCCAGUGAAAAUUGGAGACCUCUUCAAUGGCCGGUAUCAUGUUAUUAGGAAGCUAGGAUGGGGACACUUCUCUACUGUCUGGCUGUGCUGGGAUAUGCAGGGAAAAAGAUUUGUUGCCAUGAAAGUUGUAAAAAGUGCCCAGCAUUAUACAGAGACAGCCUUGGAUGAAAUAAAAUUGCUCAAAUGUGUUCGAGAAAGUGAUCCCACUGACCCAAAUAAAGACAUGGUGGUACAGCUAAUCGAUGACUUCAAAAUUUCAGGCAUGAAUGGAAUACAUGUCUGCAUGGUCUUUGAAGUGCUUGGCCACCAUCUCCUCAAGUGGAUCAUAAAAUCCAACUACCAAGGCCUCCCAGUACGUUGUGUGAAGAGCAUUAUUCGACAGGUCCUUCAGGGGUUAGAUUAUCUACACAGUAAGUGCAAGAUCAUUCAUACUGACAUAAAGCCGGAAAACAUCUUGAUGUGCGUGGACGAUGCAUAUGUGAGAAGGAUGGCAGCCGAGGCCACCGAGUGGCAGAAAGCGGGCGCUCCUCCUCCUUCGGGGUCUGCAGUGAGUACUGCUCCACAGCAAAAACCUAUAGGAAAAAUAUCUAAAAACAAAAAGAAAAAACUGAAAAAGAAGCAGAAAAGGCAGGCUGAGUUAUUGGAAAAGCGCCUGCAGGAAAUAGAAGAAUUGGAGCGAGAAGCUGAAAGGAAAAUAAUAGAAGAAAACGUCACAUCAGCUGUACCUUCCAAUGAGCAAGAUGAUGAAUACCACCCAGAGGUGAAACUAAAAACAGCAGGAUUAGAGGAGGCAGCCGAGGGUGAGACUGCGAAUAACAAUGGCGAAGCUGAGGACCAGGAGGAGAAAGAAGACACUGAGAAAGAAAACACCGAGAAAGACGAAGACGAUGUUGAGCAGGAACUCGCGAAUGUAGACCCUACUUGGAUGGAAUCACCCAAAACCAAUGGCCAUAUUGAGAAUGGCCCAUUCUUACUGGAACAGCAGCUGGACGAUGAAGACGAUGAUGAGGAAGAUUGCCCAAAUCCCGAGGAAUAUAACCUCGAUGAGCCAAAUGCAGAAAGCGAUUACACAUAUAGCAGCUCCUACGAACAAUUCAAUGGUGAAUUGCCAAAUGGACGACAUAAAAUUCCUGAGUCCCAGUUUCCAGAGUUUUCCACAUCGUUGUUCUCUGGGCCCUUAGAACCUGUGGCUUGUGGCUCUGCACUUUCUGAGGGAUCCCCGCUUACCGAGCAUGAGGAAAGCAGUCCAUCCCAUGACAGAAGCAGGACGGUUUCAGCCUCCAGCACUGGGGAUUUGCCAAAAACAAAAACCCGGGCAGCCGACCUGUUGGUGAAUCCCCUGGACCCACGGAAUGCAGAUAAAAUUAGAGUUAAAAUUGCCGACCUGGGAAACGCUUGUUGGGUGCAUAAACACUUCACAGAAGACAUCCAGACGCGUCAGUAUAGAUCCAUAGAGGUUUUAAUAGGAGCAGGUUACAGUACCCCUGCUGACAUUUGGAGUACGGCGUGUAUGGCAUUUGAGCUGGCAACGGGAGAUUAUUUGUUUGAACCGCAUUCUGGGGAAGACUAUUCCAGAGACGAAGACCACAUAGCCCACAUCAUAGAGCUGCUAGGCAGUAUCCCAAGGCACUUUGCUCUGUCUGGAAAAUAUUCUCGGGAAUUCUUCAAUCGCAGAGAUCACAUAGCAUUGAUCAUUGAACUGCUGGGGAAAGUCCCUCGAAAAUACGCUAUGUUGGGGAAAUAUUCCAAGGAGUUUUUCACCAGAAAAGGAGAGCUGCGGCACAUCACCAAGCUGAAGCCCUGGAGCCUCUUUGAUGUACUUGUGGAAAAGUAUGGUUGGCCCCAUGAAGAUGCUGCACAGUUUACAGAUUUCCUGAUCCCAAUGUUAGAAAUGGUUCCAGAAAAACGAGCCUCAGCGGGCGAAUGCCUUCGGCACCCUUGGUUGAAUUCUUAGCAGAUUCUGCACACACGCAUUCUGAGCUGGCACAUGUUGUCCAGUGCAUUGGCCCUAAAGGGGGACUCUCGUUCUUAACAGGAUUACAAGUGAGCUGGCUUCAUCCUCAGACCUUUUAUUUUGCUUUGAGGUACUGUCGUUUGACAUUUUGCUUUUUUGUGCACUGUGAUCCUGGGGAAGGGCAGUCUUUUGUCUUCAGCUUAGUAGUUACUGACCCACUUUACUUCUGGAAACAAUAACAUGUCUCUAAGCAUUGUUUCUUGUGUUGUGUGACAUUCAAAUGUCAAUUUUUUUUGAACGAAGAAUACUUUCCUCCUUGUGUUUUGGCAGGUUUUGUAACUAUUUAUGAAGAAGUAUUUUAGCUGAGUACUAUAUAAUUUACAAUCUUAAGAAAUUAUCAAGUUGGAACCAAGAAAUAGCAAGGAAAUGUACAAUUUGAUCUUCUGGCAAAGGGACAUCAUUCCUGUAUUAUAGUGUAUGUAAAUGCACCCUGUAAAUGUUAAUUUCCAUUAAAUAUGGGAUGGGGACUCAAAUUUCAGAAAAGCUACCCAGUCUUGAGUGCUUUGUAGCCUAAGUUGCAUGUAAUGGACUUUAACUGCUCCGAGGAGUUGUGCAAACUUUUCAUUCCGUGACAGUCCUUUUGCAUUGGAUUUUAAACAACUGGCUCUGGGUUAUAUCAUUCCCUAUAUGGCACUUUAUACAAAGAAAAGACAUGCUUCUCAUUCUAAACUACGUAUUAUAGUUUAGCACUCCCAUUCAUAUUUUUGCAUAUUUUAAAUUAAAGGUACUUUUAAGGAAAAAGAGCAAUUUCCCUUUAAAAAUGUGGUAGCCUGGUACCAUGUGGUGUUGCCUCCUCCAAGCCCUGUAAGUUAAACUCUACAUAGAUUAAAUUGGACAAGAGAAACAUGUUCAGUGUGUGGAGUGAAAAAAUAUAUUGUUUUGGAAAAGCUUGCUCGUGUUUGUCUAGAACCAAGGUAUGAUAUGUACAAUUUACAGUGCAGUGGGCAGAAUACUAACAUCUCAGAGGUAACAGGGAUUGCAUUCAUUCCAGGGACAGUUUAGUGUGUGGCUACAACACAUUUUACUAGCUUUUUCAUUGUCUUUCCAUGCGUUGAAGUUGAGAAAAUGAUUUUUUCCCUUUGCAGAUUGCACACAAUUUUGUUUAUGCAUUUCCUUAAAACUGUAGAAUCCAGAACACAGACCAUAGUAGGCAAUACAAUUUUAGAAUGUAAUAUAUAGAGGUACAUUUAGCCUCUUUUAGAAAUCAAUGGAUUGAAUUUUUUUUGUUUUACAUUCCUCAAGGUGCCUCGUUUUUCUUGACUUUGUCCAUUAACAUUUAUCCAUAUGCCUUUGCAAUAACUAGAUUGUGAAAAGUUAACAAGUGUUGUAACAAUAAUCCGUUGUUUGAGGUGCUUGCAGUUGUCUUAAAAAUUAAAGUGUUUUGGGUUUCUUUUCCAGA